GUCGGAGCUGAAACUCACUCCACAUUUUCACGGAGGGCUGUCAGCACUGGACUCUACGGGCCGAGUUUGAAUAAGCGCCGUUACUCAUCUGAACCUCCCGAGAACCGGAGCUCAAACCCCGGGGAGCAGCACCGAGCGGACCGGGGGCACAUGGAAACGCUAUGUCGAUGCUGGAAAUACGGCGGUGGACUUUAUCAUAGUUUCGCUCGAGAGGAGGCGAAGUGAGCUGCGAGAUAAACAUGCUCACCCCGAUGCUGGCCUCCCUGCUGCUGCCUCUUCUCCUUCUCUGUCGGAUUUCUCUCUGCCAAUAUUCAAGCGACCAGUGUAGCUGGAAGGGCAGCGGUCUGACUCAUGAAGGCCACACGAGGGAUGUGGAGCAGGUGUACCUGCGUUGCUCCCAAGGCUCUCUGGAGUGGCUCUAUCCCACGGGGGCCAUCAUCGUCAACCUCCGACCCAACAUGGUGUCCCCCGCUGCCGCCCGCCUCUCCGUCUGCAUCAAACCCUCUGCAAACUCCAGCGGCACCAACAUCUACCUGGACCGAAACGGCAAGCUGCGGUUACUGCUGCGUGAACAGGACCAGGCACAAAGCAAGGUGCAGUGCUUCAGCAUCCAGGAGGGGGCUCUCUUCAUCGAGGCCGUCCCGCACAUGGACAUCAGCCGCCGCAUCACGGCGUUCCAGUAUGAGCUGGUCAGUGACAGGCUUGGACCAGAGGGACACUCACUGGGUGCACCCUGUCAGCCCUGCAGCGACGCUGAGAUGCUUCUAGCAGUCUGCACCAAUGACUUUGUGGCACGGGGCAGCAUUAAGAAGGUGGAGCAGGAGGAGGAGCACGCGUCUGUCACUGUGGAGAUCAGCCGCCUCUACAGACAGAAGACCCGCGUCUUUGUAUCUGGAGGUGUGAGGGCACGGAGGUGGGCCGGCCACAUCAAGAUGCCCCUUCAGUGCGGCUCAAGGUCUGGGGAGGGUGAGUUCCUCUUCACCGGGACAGUGAGGUUCGGGGAGGCCUGGAUGGGUUGCGCCCCACGCUACAAAGACUUCCUGCGGUUGUAUCAUGAGGCGCAGCAGCAGGGGACCAACCCGUGUCACGUGGACACAGACUGAGUGUUACCUGCCUACCAUUGGAAAUAUGACAAGUCGUCACUGGUUGGAGAGGAGAGCUGAACCAAGAGUUCAUGCUGAGGAGAGAAAGAGGCUGACAGACUGGCCCCUCUCCUCUCCUCUCCUCUCCUCUCCUCUCCUCUCCUGCUGUCUCGUGACUCUUUGGAGACAAAGACUGGAGCUCCUGAAUGUUGCCAAGCAGCAUGUUGGAUGGACUCGGCUCUCAAAGUCGAACGUGAUGCAACGUGGAAUGUGUUCGGACUGCCUUUCUCGCAGACGAGGAACCUCCCAGGUGUUAAAUGUAGCAAAACCCCCAUUUGGUUUUUAUUUGUAUAAAAUGUGAAUGAACAUUGUAUAUUUUGAAGCUCUGCGUGCUUUGUAAAAAAAAAAAAGAAAACAAGCUUGAUGUACAGUUUUGAAGUUAUUUCUUA